UCCGUGAGAAGUGUCGUUGGGAGCGGACAGUGAAUCCUCUUGUUCUGAGUUUUCCUCUUUAGCCUCACAUGCUAAACUUCAGUAAAAACAUGUUAGUGAAUCAGUCUGUGAGAGUUUGAGAGGAGAAAACUGUUUAGACGUAAAAAUCUGUGAUUUUGUUCAACAACAUCAGAGCAUGAAGUGAACGAGUCUGAGCUGAGAGACUUUCAGUGAAACACAAGUAAGCCACGUUGACUGUGCUGAUAUUGAACCUGUUUAUUUAACCUGCACGUUACAGAUAAAUGUGAGUUACUCCUGCGUGGACUUUGACCCUGUUCACUAGUCUAACUCUAAUGGAGUGAAACUUACUUAAUACAUCUGCUUAUUUAAUCUCAGUAAGUUGCACUGAACGAUAUUACACAGUGAGUAUAAUGAGUAAAAAAGCUAAAAUACUUUAAAUCUUUAAUAUUGUGCACUAGUUCUCUUCAGAUUUUGUCACGUCAUUCAGCCAUACUCUUAAGCAGCCUUUGUUUGCAUGUUGCAUUUUGCAGACUUGAGCUCCAGUGAGACGCAUUUUUAUUUUUAUUAAAAUUAAGAGUAAGAGUUCUGACAGACAGACAAGUUUAAGUCCUGUUAAUUUAUUGACAGUGUUACCACAAACUGUCUGUAGGAGGCAUCAACCUGUAUGAAUCUCAGUUAUUUUAUCACUUUUAAUUGAUGUUCUGUCUUCAUAAAGGCUACAAGUUUUACAGUCAGUCCUAUGUUAGUUGUAUAUGUAGAAUUAAUGUCACUAACAGCUGCAGCAGUAAAAUCCAUCUGCUUGUAAACAGAGUCAGACAUUUCAGAGUGUGUCCAUAUAUAUUUUUUAUGUUUUAAUUAAUGUGUUUUUUUCUUUUUUGCAGGAUCAUGUCCUCCAGCUCGUUGGGAAGAAGACUGGUUGCAUGUCUUCUAAAUGUGUCUGAAGCCCGCAGGAAAGACCUGGUGGAGACUGUGGCAAAGGCGGCUUUAUACAACACUGAAGGCAAGUCUUAUUUCCUAUCAUUGUCCUACCAGACGGCAUUUAAGUUUUUGGAAAGUAAGGCAAAUAAAAUGUAUAUUAAAGCAGAUUUAAAACUCAAGGGCAGCUACGCAUGUGAUAAAAAGAGAUAUUUAAGAGAAGAUUAAAAGUUAUUUAGCUUUAUUUACCCAGAAACUCUUUUUCAUUUCUGAGUCCUAAAACAUAUAUACCUGUGAAUCAAUGUGACUCUUACUUUAAAGUUUAAUCUCACCUUUGUAGUAUUUUUAAUUUUCAUCUUAAAUAUCUUUAUACAGACAAAAAACAGGAAUGAGCAUACAAAGACGCUGAAAAAUGGCGCCCUGUGGAGGCUUCAUUCUUGAGAGUUAUCUAAAUAUGUCACACUGAUGUCCAAUAUAGUCGUAAAAAGAGUCACACUAAGUCAGAAACCUCCGUUGAUUCAGGACCAGUCAGUUUCUCCAACUUUUGAGCAAAAUCUGAUCCUUUAAAUCCGAGAAAGAAAGUCAUUUCUACAUCAUGAAAGUUUCAUGAACACUCUCAUGUUUAUACAAUUUACUUGUAACUGCGUUUAAACAUUAUUUCACUCAAAUUCAAGUCUGCUUUUUCUUACUAAAUCCUCUGUUUUCAGUCAGUUUCAGUAAACUAAAGAUGCAGGACCAUCACAGUUUUGAGGAGAAUGUGGAUAUGAGAAGAUAUGAGAGUGAUUAAAAACGUUUGUCCUUCAGGUGUGAGACGAGAGGGGACCACAGUCCUGAACAUCUUUAAUGACCAUGAUUACAACCGCUCCGUCAUCACCAUCGUGUCCAACAUCGACUCUAUCGGUGAGUGAUGAACCUUCAAUAUUAUUCCAGCAUGUUUCCUGUUCGUCCUCCUGCUCCCAAGGGAAAAUCAGAGACGCAGCAGCGGUUCUACAGCAGGAUUCAGUCUCUGUCCGCUGCUCACCAAUCCCCUGAGAGGAGCAAAAUCCUUUAAUAAGCUUUGUCAGGGAUUUAAACACACACAAAAAAAUCUGGAUGAACAUUUUUUGGGCAUAGAUCAGAGUGAAAAGUUGAUCUUAUUGAAGACUUGUACCAGACACGACCGUCUGACAAUGCAGACAGAACUGUCGAGGAUUUUCGUCUUUAGUUUGUCUGGACGUGAUCCUGAAGACAAAUAAAGUGGGUUAAUUUCCCAAAAGGACCAAAACCUUCUGUUUGCACCACAUGUACCACACAGUUAGAGGAAUAAUUAUGCAGGAGAUUACACAAUAUAUUACAUUUAUGAACGAGCUGCUGAAUUUAAGCAGUCUGACACUGAGCUUUUCAACACGCCUUAAGUGAGAUUGCAGGAAAACAAAGAAGAUAAAAACAUCAAAACAACAACAAGAGAACAGUUGGGGAAAAUGUCACAUUACUGACAAUAAAGAAAUAAAAUAAAAAUCGGUGGAUGUGGAUUUCUGAAAAAUCACCAAAGCUGCUGAAAAAGUGGGACUGUCCCUUUAACUCCCUGCCUGAUCUAACUCUGACAGUGUGUUGGAUGUCGUGUUUCUUGUAUUUCAGGGGAGUCUGUCCUGUCGGCCUGUGAGAGAGCCUGUGGGCUGAUCGACAUGCGUGCUCACUCUGGGGUUCACCCGUGUAUGGGCGCCGUUGACCUCAUCCCCAUUUACCCGCUGGGGGAGGAGGUGGGGGUGGAGGAGUGCGCCAAAGAGGCUCGGGGUGAGAUGUCAUGUGUGCCCGCAUUUAUGUGUGUGCAUGCUUGUGCGUGAGAGAGAGAGAGAGAGAGAGAGAGAGAGAGAGAGAAAGAGAGCAGUCAGACAUGAGUCCCUGUCAGAGUGAUUGAUCCUGUACUGGACUCGCUCAUCAGCUUUCAGACCACAUGUCCUCACAUCACAGCAGGUCUGUUUUGUAUUUAGUGCAGCACCUGCAGUGACACUGAUUUAUGGAGGAGUGUUAAGGCACAGCGUAAGGAAAUAAAAAGGAGGCUAGGUUUUUUUUGUUUGUUUUUUUCUCAGAUGGCGGGAAAAAUCGUGAAUAUCAACAGCUGAUAAUCCAGAAUUUAGACAAGGCUGUAAAAAUCCUAUCAGAGCAUGAGGAGUUUUGUCAAUCAAAACGAUGUCAUAUACAACUAAAUAUUGUUGAAAAUAGAACUUUAAAAUAUACCGACAGGCUGUAAAAUCCACUCGCUCCGUGAGACCGGGAUAAUUUCCGUUUCUUUGCAUCAUUUGGUGUUUCUUUUCAUAUCUGACAGAGAAGAUCAGAGUAUUUUCAGAGUAUCUAGAUCCAGUCCUUUAAAAACUGAAGCUAAUCUGUGAUGGUUUAUUUCUUAUGAGCAAGUAUUAAAGCCACAUGAAGGUAAAAAUUGACAUUUUUCGUCUUAGCUCGGGCAUUUUGACCUUAUUCUUCAAGUUUGAACCUUCAGAUAAGAUGUUUAAGAUUCAAUAUUCUUCACAUUCUUGCAGAGAAAUGUGGGUCAGUUCAGGCUGUGGGAUCAAACAAGAUAUCACAAUGCACAGACACACGUAAUGAAUAAUAUAUAGAUAUUAGGCGGGCGGUUGUCUCGCUCUGAGAGGCUCUGUUUCCCAUGACCAUUUGCUCACUGUGCAUUAUCAAACGGCUGCCAACUAAAGAUGUAAGCAAGUUGACCCCCACCAAUUAUCUAAAGACGAUCUCAGUGAUUUAAAGGUUAUUUGUCGAAACAGUGACUUUAUUGUUGAUACUGGUACUCACAUUGUUCCUCCUCUCACACCCCAACCCUGGCAAGUAUACAUUUAUACACACUCCGCUGAGCUUUAGAUAGUACAUGUACACAGAUGCUAAUGAGUUCUCCUGCAGAGUCUAUUUAAAUGUGUGUAAAGCUGGUGAUGAUGUGACAUGUUCGUCUUCCUCGAGCUGUUGAUUAGUUUCACAGCUUAGCAGAUGACUUAGCAGACAUGUUUCCUGCUAAUAAUGAGCACUAACCCAGCAUGACGCCUGCAUGCCUGCAGUGUGUGCACUCUGUAUGCUAAUCUGUGGCUGUGAUUGCAGAUUAAUAACUGGUUAACGUACUCACAGGCUUCAUAAUUAUGCAUAUGCAAUAAGAGCUCCAGCCCGAGUUCCUAACAGAACCCUCCGGGGUGUGUUGGGUCUGCCACGUUAUUCUCACUCUCGUGUUUCUGGGAUGGUUUUCAUGUGAUGACAUACGCUCCGUUUGCUGAUGAACUAACAUGUCUGUGUUGUUGCCGGGCUCAGCUGUGGCUCAGGGACUCACAGAGCGGGUCCAGGGCACCAGCGCCUUCCUGUUUGGUUGGGCAGACUCCCCCCAUCAGAGGGGGCUGGCACAGAGGAGGAAGGAGAUGGGCUGGUUCAAGAAGACGCCAGACUUACAGAUGAUUACACCUGAUAUGGGGCCACAGCCGCAGAGACGCUUCGGUCUCACAGGUGAGUCAGACCUGGAAGUGUCAGCAAAAAAAUUUUGUCGAACACAUAAAACCAUCAAAAAUUCUUGAUAAUUUCAGGAACUUCCUAGACAUUUAUCUAAAGGAAGAUUUUCUCUUCGACUUACUGUGUUUUCUAGCAAAAAAUUCACCAACCGCCAAUUUCCACCACAUCCGGAUCGGCAACGAAAAGGCCGUAUCCGCCGAUCGUAGCUGAUCAUAACCAUUCAAGUUAAUGUGUCAGUUUCCACCGCAGCUGAUCUCAGGAGUUCUGUUUUUUCCGAACGCCAGAGCAUGCCAGAAAAAUUCAGCACAGAUUAACCCGUGCUGGAAAGUAAGUCGGGCACAGACACAAAAUAAAUUUAUUUUCUUUUCAAAGUAAAACGCUCUGUGUUUCAGGCGGAUCAUAUUACACACCAUGCAAACGUGGGCAGAGACGAACAAGUGAAAGGUUUUUAGACGUCAUUUCACCCCGAUAGCCUAUGUGGCUAAGAGACGACUCGUUAUCGCGCGAUUGCACGUGAAUCCGUGAGUUCUCGCGAUUACCUCUGUCCGUAAUCCGCCAUGAAAUUCGCCUCACCAACGGCUCCGGUAGGAAUUGGCGGACAGCGAAAAUCGCAGCUGUUCCAGAUCGGGUAUGUUUUGGAUGCAGUGAAAAUUGGGGGUAAAGCUCCUUUCAAACAUGUACAAAGUUCCUGAAAAUUUCCUGUAGUUAGCCGGUGUGAACACAACAGUCAAGUUUUCCAUCUCGAUCAGUGGUUUUAACCUCACCAUCCUGAAAAUUUUUAGCGUACAUGUGUGAAAACGGCUGAAGAGGCUCGAAGGUAAAACUCCGGACAAAUUCAGGUGAAAAUUUCUGCAUAUGUCGGCUCUCUCUUCCUGCAGGGAUCAAAUAUGGCAGCUGUCAGGAAAAUGUCUGGUUAAAGUCAGGGUGAAAAAUUGAAGGUUCAGACGAAGAGCCUUACAGGAUGAAGUUUGGAAAUUUCCAGGAGUCAAUUACACGUGUGAAAGGGGCUAAAAAGACGCCAUUCUUCUUUCAUUCAUUAACCUGCUUAAUAUCAAAAUUCAGGUAACUCGUUUUACCAAACUGUUCGUGUUUCUCUCCUGACGCCUGAACAGCUGUUUUGCAAGUGCGGCACCUCUGAACAUUGUGGCUCCUGACAUGACACAGCAUUUUUUAUUGAUUAUCAAUUAGUCAUCUAAAUCAUAAAUCAUUCCUCCUGUCAGUGCUGACAUCGAUCCUUGGAAAGGUCGAUGACAACAUGUUACUCCAGGAAUGAGAAUGAGAUUUUAUCGUGUGUAUUUUGUGGAAACGCCAGAAAAAAGCCUUUUCUCCUGUUGCAUCCAAUCAAAUUAUGUCAAACCAACAAAUGAGCAUCAUUAUUCUAAAUGCAGGGUGACCUCUGAUAACCUCAUGUUUCCUGUGAGUCAGCUGAUCCACCUGAUUUGACUGUUAUUAGCCUGUUGACUCAGCAUCCUCACACGUCUGUCUCAGGCUUGUCGCGGCCCGUCCUAAUCUCCAUGGAGAUAAUGCGCAUAUUUUAAGUUUGUGACACAACCAGACUUUUGAAGUAUCGUAUGAGCUUUAGCUGUUUUUUUGAAGAUUAUUUUCAAUAAUAGGGGAGAGAGAGGAGGAUUACACGUAGCAAAAGGCCGAGGGCUGGAGUUAAACCCGUGGUUGAUGCGGCGAGGACGGCGCCUCGGAGCUAAACAGACACCCUUUGAGCUGAACUUUUGAACUCCAACAUCUUCAACUGCAGUCACAAUAAAUACAGAGAAUUCAACACGUACUGAACAUGUUGGCCUUUUUAAAUGUCAGUUUGCCAAAUGGAGAUCUUAUCCAAAGAGAGAGAAUGAUAAAUAAUUAUUAAAAAAUACUUACCAAUCAUUGUUAGAGUGCUGUCAUCUGAGGAUACUUCUUGUGUAACCUUCGAGGUAAUCCAUUGACAGGUUUGGAAACUUUCUGAAGACACACACUGUGUCAGUCCCUUAAGCUCCUUUCACACAUAAACUCUUUGACAUUUUCAGGAUGAUUUCAGGACAUUCAGGCCCGGAUAUUUUUAGGAAAUUGUUGACACAUAUGAGAGUUUGUCUGUCGGGCACGCUCUCUCUCUCACGCUCACUCGAUGUGAUUUAGCGUAGGAUGAGGAAUCUCUGGUGAGGGGAUUAUUGACAGUUAAAAACAAUAUGUUGACAACUAAUUGGAGCAAUUAAGGAGGGAAACCUGCUCGCUUGUUGUGAUCGUCGGCUCACCCAGACUUUUUGCAGAUUUGAGAACAGGCAGGAAAAGUUUUUUAAAUUUAUUUCUCAGUCUGUUUAAUCUACAGCUUCUAUAAAGUCGAGGGGUUCAUGUUCACUGGGUCUCUCACAGAGUAAAUCAGAGACCCUUCUUGCGAGCAAAACCCACAGCGGAUCGGCUCCGACGGCCAGAUCAGAUACGCAAGGCUUCUGUCUUUGCCAGACGCCACAACACGGCGCAUCAAUUCAGCGCAGAUCGGCGGAUCUCAUUCAAUGUCUCAUGGGGAAACAUGCGACAUCUUGUGAGAUCUCGUCCAGUCUCGCGAGAACUAUCAAAAUAUCGCAAGAGCUUCUCUUCCGAUGGCAUUGGCGGAUCAGAUCUGGUGGGCGCUAUAUUCUUGCGUACUUGAUCCGCCUGCCGUCUGGAGCGAAGUGGAUCUGUUCUGGAUCCAGUGGAAUUCCUGGUUUACUCUCUGGAGUUGAUCUCUUGUUCUGGUUUUGCUGUUUUCCUGCAGGUGUCGGUGCCUGUCCGUACGUCAUGAACUGUAACGUCACCAUCGACACCCAGGACAUCGCUCUUGGCCGCAGCAUCGCCACAGCCAUCAGGGAGUCGACCCCAGGAGGCUUACCUGGCGUGCAGGUACUGGCUCUGCCACACGAGGGCACUGUGGAAAUUGCCUGUAACGUGGAAAGCGUGAAGGGGGACCCACCCGGUCACAUGACCAUGAGUGAACAGUGGCCGACUUUCAGCAUUGACAGCCACCCGUACUGUCACGCUCCGGCUUCCCUCAUCACAGCGAGGGUCGCAGAGCUGGCGGGGAAGCAGGGGGUCACAGUAAAGGGCACGGCGCUGGUGGGGUUUACCCCUCAUGAGUGCAGGGGCCUUGCAGAGUUAGCGCUGACUCAAGGGAUCGCUGAGUUCUGGAAAGAGCAGCGCAGGUUUCGUAUGUGAUGAUGACCAAUUUUUCCAAACCAACCAAACCUCAAGACUGGAGCUCAUCAUUCUUGUGUGACGUUACGUAAAAUAUCACGAGUAUUGACUUCCUUCCUUCCCAUCUCAGCGCUGCCUGCAGUUACACAACACAACAACAGAAAUUUUGGAUAAUUGUAAGUGAAAAAGGUUGUUUGUGGCUCACAGAAGUAGGGCGGAUUUGAUUUGUAGCUGUUGGCAGGCUGAUGUAAGCUGGUUUCAUCAGCGAGACACAGUCAUUAGUUACAGUUUUUAGCUGGUUAUGAAACAAACCGAGGCUGACACUGAUGCCUCUUUAUGACCUACAAAAGCAAACAAGACCAUCAACAAGAGGGUUAUUUUCAUCAAGUAAUAUUUAAUGCUGCAGCUGUCAGCGUUGGCAACUUUCAUCAGUUCAUUUUGACUUUUCUUCAGAAGAAUAUUUGUUUUGAUCUCAAUUCAACUUGAACACUUGAGUGAUUUUGGCCAAAAGGCGUAAAAUUAAAACAACAAAAACACAUUUACAUUUUUUACACACACAAGAUUGAUAAAAUACAACCAACCAAUCAUUAAACUAGCUCUUAUUGAAGUUAAAGUUUAUGUGUGCUUCUGUAGUUUGCAAAUCUAAAACAUGAAGAUUUAUAACUAUUAACUUACAUUUUAAAGUUUAUGUAAGGAAUUUUUGGUUUGGAUCAGUCCUGGCGCCCCCUGGUGGACAAAUCAGUAAUUGCUGAUUUUGACCUGGAAUUGUGCAGGAGGUAUUUCCAGACAAAUGUGUCACAGCCAAACGUGUCACUUAUAAAGAUUUCUUUCUAAACAAGCUUUAACAGCAGCAUCCAGUAUGCAAUAUAUUUUUCGAAGGUCCUGCCUUCUUCGCCUCUGAUUGGCUAGAAAAGCUGGGCUCAGAUUGGUUAUUCCUUUUGACUGUAAAACAUCAUCACAUGCUCAAGCUGGGCACGGGCUGUCGGCUCUGUACAUCAAACAGAACAUAACAGAACAUUAACACACUUCUGAAUCUCCUAACCCGACAGACGAAGUUUCACAGCCAUAAAGAAUAACCUUUCCCUACCAUCCUACGAAAAAAAAUAUCACAUCCAGUAUAUCACAUGAUCUGACACCUACUCCCGAUGGUCUUGUUUGCUUUUCGAGGUCAUGAAGACACAUCGUUAUCAAUUUUAGACAAUUUCAUAACCAAUUAAAAACUCCUGACUGGAGCUUUAAACAGAAGUGUAUGACUUGAACUUAAAGCUACUAUAAGGAGAUUUUAACAGGUUGUAAAACAGACUCAAAUUCAAUAUAAUGAUUGUGUUUGACUUACUUAACUAGGCUUUUAACCGGAAGAUUGCUUAAUUCUUUACUUUUGGGAUAUAAACUCUAAAAAAAACACGAGAGGGGGCUAGGUGGCAUGUGAAGAAAAGGACAUUAAUACACUUCUUAUCACAUUAAGUGAUAAGAGGUGCUGCUUUGUCCACAGGGGGCGCCAAAAUCACCCUGGAGCUUUAACUCUAUGUUUGUACGUGGAGAUACAUGUAGA